AAGUUAGCCUUGGAUCCUUGAAUUUGGCGGCAACCAAAUGUAAACAAAAGCGGCUCUUUUUGGCCCAGCUGUUCUUCUUGUAGUCUGUCUGAGCUCAGUGUCUCUAUUCGACAUGUUUUGUGAGAAAUCCCUAAAACUCAUCAAGGAGUUGGGCCGUUCGCAGGAGGCUAUGCCACCUUUCGACGAUGAUGGAGUCAGACAAGUUUUCGAAGAAAUGCGUGGCCUAUAUGAUCAAAAUGUUGCUGCUGCGAAUGACAGUACUGCAGAUCCAGAUGGAACAGCCAUAUCUAGUAUAGCAAUCAGGCAUGCAGCACUUGAAAGGAACAAAAGGUGUCUGAUGGCCUAUGUGUUUAACCGUAGUAAAAAAUUAAGAAACAUGCGAUGGCAAUUUGGAAGCAUUCUUCCUCCUGAGAUCAAAGCAAAUCUUUGUGAACCCGAGAUUCAGUGGUUCAACAGUUACAGCAAAUGUCUCGCACGUUACAUGAAGUCUAUUGGUGGACAGGGUCUAAAUCUUGCACAGGAUGUAAAGCCGCCUAAGUCUCUUUAUGUCGAGGUUCGUAGUCUUAUCGACUAUGGUAAAUUUGAAUUGGAUAAUGGUGAAGUAGUUCUUUUAAAGAAACAUAGUACUCAUCUUAUGUCCAGAGCACAGUGUGAACCAUUAAUAAUUCAGGGUGUUUUAGAGCAGAUAAAUCAUUAGAUAAGUUUUUAAAUGUAUGCAAUUUUUUUAUUCAUAAUAUAAGAAAACAGUAAA